AUGCAGCUGGAUGAUUGCUGGAUCCAGGGACUUCUCUAUUCCCAGUACUUCUUGUGCUGCGUUCCCAGCAGAUACCUCACGGCGGAUGGCCUGCGUUUACCCGACUGCUGGCAUCAUGGCUGGGCGCGCCAUUCACGUGGGCUGUGUUGCAGCCAUGAUCGAUUCCAAAAGAUGGAGGAAAAAGCGACAGCUCUGACAGAGAAUGAUACACCUUCGUGCGCCAAUGCGGAGGAGCAGAUCGUAAACUACGUUCAGGACUCGGCAGAAAGGCUAUUUUAUCUUGGGGAAGCCUUUGGAGACGAAGCGGUCGAGCAGCGACUCAUAGACAAGGCUGAUGAUACCUAUGAGGCGUGCCCCGUUGCUUUGCUGCUUGCCUUGGCGGCUCGGGUCUGUCGCUUGAAACAGGCUCGACAGACCGAUGCGGCAGAUGUAGCGUACCACAUCUACGAGUUCUGGAACUGCUUGGUUUGGAGCCAGACCUUGGCAUGGUCCAACAUCAUCGAUCCCAGGGUGCGUUCAUCACUGCAUGCAGCUGCUGCCUACGUGCAGCUGAUGAAUGCAAUGGUGUCUCACCCACAAGAAACUUGCCAUAGCUUUGCCACCAACAUGGCCAUCAUGCUGAACGAUGCAGCUGGACUGUCCUUAACCACAUCGAAAUCGACAGGGAGGAAUCUGAUUGCGUAUCCAGAUGUGGCGCGAACUGCUUUGGUUCUUGGCUCUCAAGGAGAUCUCUUGGCACCAGAAAAGGACUGCCUGACAGCCCUUGCCCUGGCGCAUGCCUUCAAUGCUCGGCGCUUCCUGGAUAUUCGCCAUGACCUGGCGCUGCUGCACAUGCGCAAAGCUUUGGAGGUGGAACGAGCUGCUUUGGAUGGUUUUCCUCGACUUGGGGCAGGCAUCGAAUUUCCCGGCGUUUGGAAGACCUACGAAACACUUCAGGGAGGGCUUCAGGUGCAGUGGCGAUGGCACUUGGAAGCUGACCAACUGCCGGAGUCACCUGGGCUCAGCCCGUUGUCGCUCUGGGACCCCGAGCUGACGCCCACCUUCUCGGCCAGGGAAAUCUCUAUGGAAAAGACGAGGAUCGAUGACAACUACUGGAACCCAGAGAUCAAUCUGACAACCCACCGGGUGACACCUGACAAUGUAGUCGAGCUGCUCCAACGCUACGCCACCCCGUUGGACUUCGAUGUUCUAUCACUGGACACCGAUGGAAACCAAUGGUUGCUGUGGAUGCAGCUCAGCAGGAAUGGCUUCCGUCCCAAGAUUGUGGUGGUGGAGUAUGAUGAGGAGAUCCCUUAUGACCAAGAUCUAGCGAUUCGAUAUUCGCCUUUUCCCAUUCACCAACUCUGUUUGGUGAAGGCUGCCCGUCAUCCCUGGUUGUUUGGUGCCAGCUUAACGGCCAUGCGAAAUUUGGGUCUCCAGUUGGGCUACACCUUGGUGCACCUUUCAGACGUGGACUUGACCUUCGUGCGCCGGGACUUGUUAGUCGAACGAGAUUUGCGCUUCCCGGCACAAGAUGAUCCAGCUGGAUUGUGUGCAUUGGCUCGCCAUCAGGCGCCCAAGCUACGGCCGUUGCAUUGCACCAAAGAGUGGCCAAAGACGCCACCCCCGCAGGAGCUGCUCACAACAGCCACUGCAGCCUUGGCCGGAGACUUUCGGUUGCAGAACGACUGGCCAAUUGAGCGCGUUCUGAAUACCUUCUGCUACCAGAUGGUGCGUCGCUAUACCAAGCAGCUCAAGCGCCAACCGCCAGGUUUGGCCAGGCCCAAAAAUCUCUCAGCUUUCUGUUUGGACUUUUGGAUUCCCUUUGCCGCAGUGCAAGGUAGCCACCCUGCGCCCCAAGCGGCAGAUGUAGCGGGUGCCCGACAUUUGCAGGACUGUGAAGUGAUUGGCUGGGCGGAACUUUGUGAACGGAAAAAACUGAUGUCAGGGUCGUGCUUUCAACUUGAGCCCACCGCGGCAGCUCCAGAGUGCAAGCUGCAGGGGCCCUAUGGGGCACCUGCGCAGCUGCGGCCAGCGGCUGCGGGGAUUUUGACCUUGACAUCCGGGGAGCUACACAUCACUGGGACACUGAACUUUGCAGAUGCUCACGUGGAAGCAUGGCAUGAAGGUCCAUCCGAUCCAAACUCUACUGCAACUGGUGGCGCCUUUUUCAGCGAGGGGUCAUUCACUCUGACGAGAUCCCAUCUGACAGCUCCUUGGAUAUCAUUUUGGAUGCAUCGUGAGAAUUCAACGAUGCUCAUCCAGAACGCCAGAUGCAGCAAGAACGGUGGUGGCUUCUACACGGAGGGACGCUUGCUGGUGACCAACAGCUCAGUUGUCAGCCUUCAGAAUGUGACCGCUGGCCGUCAUGGUGGAGGUUUCAUUGCUUUUGGGCAGGUUGAGAUAGCUGAAAACUCGACCGUCAAAAUUUCCAACAGCCGCGCUGAAACAGGAGAUGGAGGAGGUUUUGACGCUGAAAAGGGAUUGAAGCUGUUGACGGGCUCAAGACUCAUCAUUCGCAAUGCGACAGCUGGAAGGGAUGGAGGAGGAUUCUAUUCCAAAGGCAAGGCCUUGAUCAGCAGUUCUACAGUCAGCAUCCAAAAUGCCAGGGCCCAGCAGCAUGGUGGAGGUUUUAUUGUUGAGGAGCUUGUCAUUGAUGAAAUGUCAAGCGUCAGCAUUUCCAGCUCAAGAUCAGCAGAGCAGGGCGGAGGCUUCCAGACGGAUGGACGCUUGCUGGUGACCAACAGCUCAGUCGUCAGCCUUGAGAAUGUGACCGCUGGAAGUCAUGGAGGAGCUUUCACUGCCCUUGGAGAGGUUGAGAUAGCCGGGAACUCAACUGUAAACAUUUCCAACAGCCGCGCUGAAACAGGAGAUGGAGGAGGUUUUGACGCUGAAAAGGAAUUGAAGCUGUUGACGGGUACAAGACUCAUCAUUCGCAAUGUGACAGCUGGAAACCAUGGAGGAGGAUUCUAUGCCAAGGGGGGCGCUUUGAUCAGCUGUUCCACAGUCAGCAUCCAAAAUGCCACGGCCCGGCAGUAUGGUGGAGGCUUUGCGGCAAUUGACGACGUUGUUAUUGACGGGAUGUCAAGAGUCAGCAUUUCCGAUUCAAAAUCCAGAUGGGGCGGAGGCUACCAUACAGACGGUCGCUUGCAGGUGACCAACAGCUCAGUCGUCAGCCUUCAGAAUGUGACCGGUGGAAGUCAUGGAGGAGCUUUCACUGCCCUUGGAGAGGUUGAGAUAGCACACUCAACAAGCAACAUGUCCAACAGCCGUGCCGAAUCAGCACACGGAGGAGGUUUUUACAUUGAAAAAAGCUUAAAGCUGUUGACAGGCGCAAGACUCAUCAUUCGGAAUGCGACAGCUGGAAGCCAUGGAGGAGGAUUCUAUGCCAAGGGGAGGGCUUUGAUCAGCCGUUCCACAGUCACCAUCCAAUAUGCCACGGCCCGGAUGUUUGGCGGAGGUUUCCGCACAAUUGAUGAGGUUGUCAUUGAUGAGAUGUCAAGCCUCAGCAUUUCUGAUUCAAGAUCGGCAGAAGAACAGGGUGGAGGCUUCAGCACCGACCGACACUUGCAGGUGACCAAUGGCUCAAUCGUCAGCCUUGAGAAUGUAACCGCCCUAGGCGCUGGAGGAGGUUUCAAGUGCGGUGGUGGGGUUGAGAUAGCUGAAAACUCGAUUGUCAAAAUUUCCAACAGCCGCGCUGAAACAGGAGAUGGAGGAGGUUUUGAGGCUGAAAAGGGGUUGAAGCUGUUGACGGGCUCAAGACUCAUCAUUCGCAAUGCGACAGCUGGAAACCAAGGAGGAGGAUUCUAUGCCAAGGGGAGGGCUUUGAUCAGCCGUUCCACAGUCACCAUCCAAUAUGCCACGGCCCGGAAGUUUGGGGGAGGUUUUAUCACAAUUGAUGAGGUUGUCAUUGAUGAGAUGUCAAGCCUCAGUAUUUCCGAUUCAAGAUCGGCAGAAGAACAGGGUGGAGGCUUCAACACCGACCGACGCUUGCAGGUGACCAACAGUUCAGUCGCCAGCCUUCAGAACGUGACCGCGCAAAAAAUUGGAGGAGGCUUCAAGUGUCUUGGAGAGGUUGAGAUAGUUGGGAACUCGACGAUCAGCAUUUCCAACAGCCGCGCUGAAACAGGAAAUGGCGGAGGUUUUGACGCUGAAAAGGGAUUGAAGCUGUUGACGGGCUCAAGACUCACGAUUCGGAAUGCGACAGCUGGAAGUUUUGGAGGAGGAUUCUAUGCCAAAGGCAAGGCCUUGAUCAGCAGUUCUACAGUCAGCAUCCAAAAUGCCAGGGCCCAGCAGCAUGGUGGAGGUUUUAUUGCAAUUGAGGAGCUUUUCAUUGAUGAGAUGUCAAGCGUCAGCAUUUCCAGCUCAAGAUCAGCAGAGCAGGGCGGAGGCUUCCAGACGGAUGGACGCUUGCUGGUGACCAACAGCUCAGUCGUCAGCCUUGAGAAUGUGACCGCUGGAAGUCAUGGAGGAGCUUUCACUGCCCUUGGAGAGGUUGAGAUAGCCGGGAACUCAACUGUAAACAUUUCCAACAGCCGCGCUGAAACAGGAAAUGGAGGAGGUUUUGACGCUGAAAAGGGAUUGAAGCUGUUGACGGGUACAGGACUCAUCAUUCGCAAUGCGACAGCUGGAAAUUAUGGAGGAGGAUUCUAUGCCAAGGGGGGCGCUUUGAUCAGCUGUUCCACAGUCAGCAUCCAAAAUGCCACGGCCCGGCAGUAUGGUGGAGGCUUUGCGGCAAUUGACGACGUUGUUAUUGACGGGAUGUCAAGAGUCAGCAUUUCCGGUUCAAAAUCGAGAUGGGGUGGAGGCUACCAUACAGACAGACGCUUGCACGUGGCCAACAGCUCAGUCGUCAGCCUGCAGAAUGUGGCCACUGGAAGUCAUGGAGGAGGUUUCGUGGCGCUGGGUGAGGUUGAGAUAGCUGGGAACUCGACGAUCAACAUUUCCAACAGCCGCGCUGAAUCAGGAAAUGGAGGAGGCUUUCGCGCUGAAAAGGGCUUGAAGAUGUCCACUGGCUCAACUCUCAUCAUUCGAAAUUCGACUGCCGGAAAGUCUGGAGGAGGCUAUUAUGUUAACGGGAGAAUAUUGAUCAGUAGUUCCACAGUUCGCAUUCAAGAUGCCACAGCCAGGCAGAGUGGUGGAGGGUUUACUGCUGAAGGAGUCGCAGUUAUCCAGGAUUCUACAGUGGCCUUGUUCAGCGCCCAUGCAUCAGCAGAUGGUGGUGCCUUUUCCGUGUUUGGUUUGACUUUGCGCAGAAGUUCAAUGUCCAUCGGCAACUCCACUGCACUCGGAUCAGGCUCUGCUGGACUUGUAGAUGGUCAAGUGCUUAUUUCGUCACAGUCCAACUUGGUGGUUAAAGAUGUGCAAGGUCUCGACAACUCCAGCGUGCUGGCAGCAAGCUGCCUCCACCUGCGUGAUCGGUCGCAGGUUCUUUUUGAAGGUGUCGUCGGCGGUCAUGGGGUGGAACUGCAAAACAGUGGGUGCUCCGCUCUUUGCUCAAACAGAACGUUCUAUGUCGAAGCGGAUGCAGGCCUCAACGCCAGUGGUCGCUUGAGCUCAGGUUUUCUUUCCCUUGCAGCCUGCCCGAAGGAGAAGGUACGUCUCUCAGGGAUCCAUUUGCGCUCCUGGUCCAGCGCGUUGCUCAGCACCCGCCCAAGCUCUGUGGUGGUCGACCAAGUGAGUGUCGACUAUGAACCACCGGUCAACAACUUGCAGGUCCUGGCUGCCAAGGAUGGGCUGGAGGGUGUCAGUGUCAGUGUCAUUGCAUAUCUGCAAACCGGUGUCGAACGGCUUCUUCCAAGUCCGGCAGAGAAGGAGAAGGAGGAGAAGGACGGCUUCGAGAUCGAGUCGUUGGCCGCUUCCUGCCCGAACUGCACCUGGGGCAUCACUUUCAACGCCACGAAGGACGGAACUCUCAAAGCCGUGAGCCCUGAAUACUUUUGGUGCCCCAUGACAGCCGCAGCGUCGAAAGGCUUGACGCAACGUUGCCAGUGUUCCAAUUACCAGAUUGCAACUCAGCGCUUCCGCGAUGUCGAUAUGGUGCCCUUGGAAAGCAUUUUCCAGACGUGCAUGUUCUGCAAGCCCCACUUCCACUUUCAGAAUGGCGAUUGUCCGAAGUGUGGAAUCUUCAAUGCUUGGUCUGACGGGAAGAAGGAUGUUUGUCACGUUCUGCCACGCAAGAAGACGGAACUUAUCACACUCUUGACUGGUGGAGCCGUCGUUGUCAUUUUGACCUUCCUUGCCUUUGAGAUUUUGCACGCUCCUUUGAUGAUCCUCGAUGCGAAGUCAGAUUUGGCAGAUCCAGCACAAGCUGAGAGCAAGAGGACUUUCACACUUUCAGUCCAAGGCCCUAUCGUUGAUCUUCACAAAAACUUGUCUCGACUAGUGCACCAGCGGGUGCGUUAUCGGGCAAAGGGAACAGGGCUGAUAUGGCUAGACUACGAUCAGAAGAAGUGCAAUGCAAUCAAAGUUCACAAUAUUGCACGCAGAAAGCUUUUGCUGCAAGACACGAACCCACCGUUUGAUUGCGCUUCGUGCAAGGGCUCUUUGCACGCCGCUGAUUUUGUUUACUUGCUCGGAUUGCUCACUGCAUGCAUAUCAGUGACGGCAAUGCUACCUGUCAUCAUCAAGGUGGCAAUCAUAUCCGAAAACAGUGUGGGACAUGUUUUCGUCACCGCAAUUUAUGUGGCACUUCCUCUGGUUGCUGUUGCUGCACUGCUGCAUUUUCCAGUGGCAUGGCUGAUCCAACGGCAAUAUCGUAGAACGCCAUUUUCGGAGGCUUUGGAUGAGUACCGGAAGAAGGUCGACUGCACGCCGUUCACGGAGCCUGAUGCAGCCCAUCCUCGCAACCAGGGCUUGCAGGUUCUGACUUUACGAGGUUUGUGGAAGCACUUUGAGAGUUUUAUUCUGGAGCGCAAUAUGCACUUUGUGGUUGCCAACAUGGUGACGCCUCUGACACAAAGCAAAGGAGUUUCCUUUGUAACUCUUUGGGGUGGCAGGCGGGUAGACUAUUUUGUGUCCCAUUCCUGGGGCACCAGCUUUCCGCACUUUGUGCAGUCCAUCCAGUGCCAUGCUCUGUCCAAAGAGGGCCCCACUUCUUGGGUCGAUGCAGCAUAUUGGAUUUGCUCGUUUGCGAACAACCAGUGGAACAUUGGAGCCGACUUGGGAAAUGAUCCCAUGGAGAGCGCCUUUGCGCGAACAUUGACUGCGGGAAUCAAAGGAGUUGCGAUGGUCUUGGACCAGGAAGUGCAGCCUCUCACAAGAGUUUGGUGUCUGUUCGAAUUUCUGCUGUCCAGCCGUGAGAACUUGGAGCUGGUGUUCGUCACCAACGCUGGCGUGAUAGGUGAUGAUGGCUGCAGUUCCUUUGACAUUGCGCUGGAGGUGGGUAAGAAGAUCAAGUCUCUGCAAGUUGUCACGUGUGGGGCAUCCUCUGAGAAAGACAAGAAAGACAUCUUCGAUUACAUCAUCUCCGAGUUGGGAAGCCUUGAGCGAAUGGAUGAGCAAAUCCGAGCACUGAUGGCUGAAAUGUUGAUGCGAAAUUUGGCCAACGUGGAAAAAGCAACUGGAAGUCUUGUGGACAGCCUGGGCCGAGGCAGCGCAACAGUCGUAAGCCUCAAUGACAAGAGUUUUAAGUCACUUGUUGCUUCCGGAAAGCGUCAGAUCUUUUCCAUGUAGACAAUUUUGUACAUGCUGUGAGCACGCACAAGGCCGUGACUCGUCUGACCGAGCUGACCCACAGCUAUCAGC